GGCAGCCAGCUUUGCUGCGCUCGUUUUACGCUUACCAAGCAUUUUCUGUGUGUGUUUCAUUUAGCUUUAUCCGUUUCUGUUUACUUUAUUUUGCUAGUAGGAAUACGUUUAAAGUGAUCUGUGGCAAAACCAGCACCGUACCGUGUGAAUGGUUCGUAAACUCAGCUGCACCCCAACUUUACGCCCAACUUGGUACGAAAGCGCACCCGACUCGGAUGGCUUCUACCCCGGGAGACAGUUCGGCCGUACCGCCCGAGAAAAGCAUCAUACUCAAGGGCUGGGAAAAGCUGGACGAUGACGUUAUCAUCAAGGAGGUGUCUACCAAGGGCAAACACGUCAACCUCUGCAUCCAGUAUCUGGCCGAACGGAACGAACUGUCGAUGAAGGAGGCCAAGAACUACUUUCUCCAGAAGGUGAAUGCGUACGUCUAUCGGUUACUGUCGAACCGGCAGCUCUACAAAGCGCACCACAUCCUGAAGAACAUCGAUCGUGUACCGCGGUACGUUUUCUACCAGAUUGCCGCCGAAACGACCGAUCACGGGCUGCGCGACUACAUACGGGAGCAUCUGGCACGGACGGUCGAAAACUAUAGCCACGGGGAAGAGGAACGGAUUGCAGCUAGCUGGCGCGUUUACACCCAGCUCAAAGCGAACGUGCGCCAGAUGGCGGAAGUGCUGAACGAGGUGACGACCGGGUACACGGUGCUCGAGAUCGAAACGAUGUCGUUCAACACGUUCUGCAUGAAGGAGGACGUCUACCGGAACUCGGUCGCUGUGGAUCUGUUCUUCAAAAAUCAAGAAACCGAAAUCUCUCCCAUCCUCGACCGGUACACCGUGUGGAGCUAUCUGCUAAAGAACAACAUUGCCAAUCUGGUGAAGAUAUGGAUUCAGCUCAACAGUUGCCUGCGCCGCUGCUUUCACGACGGUACCGAUCCGGCGCAGCAGCUUUUACGCAUCAAAAUCGACAUUUACGAUGAUCCACGGUUUAACGAACGCUUGCGGCAACUGUUUCAACGAUGGGAAAUCGAUGAUUUCAUGCUCUCGCAACUAUCCCACCAUCGAACCCUGUCUCGGAACGAUAUCCUGCUGAAUGAACUGGCUCGGCUGGGGAAAUUUCUUGACCACGAACGAAACGAUGCUGUUGCCAUCGUGCGCCGACUGUUCACGACGGAAUCGUUCAAACAGCACCGAGAGUGGACCGAAGCCAAAUGGUUCCGGGAGCAGCUAACACGCCAGAUGGUUGACAAUCGGUUCUUUACCAUGCUUGGUUUACCGAUCGUUUGUAGGGAGAUGCUCGAACGGAUCGGCACCGACCCGGGCGCACAGCAUCACGACGAGGUGAAGGUGUUCCGGCAGCUUCAAAAGCUUAAAAAUAGCGCAAUAACCAGUAAGGAGCUGUUGGGCGUGUCGCGCACCACGUCGGAGUAUAUCCUGAAGCACAAUCGUGCCUUCUACGAGGAGAACCCUAUCGUCUAUCUGUUCGAGUAUGGGUUGGAUGAGCGAAACACGAGCUUCGCGGUGGACGACCCAUGCUUCGCGAAGCUGCCCCAUCUUCAGAAUUUCAUCGCGCGCACCAAGGCCGGCUUCGGUGCGAACGAAACGAGCGGUGUGAUUGUUAGCAAACUGCUGGCGAUCGCUGGCGUUCCGGAUGCGGCCAAAGUGCAGCAGUUUCUCUUCCACGGCACGCGUACCGAUGCGAACGGAGCGGUCGAGGAGGAGGAUGAGCGUGCGUCACAGCUGGAACUGCUCGAGCAGCACGGUACCGUGCCCCACUUUAAUCAUCCACUGCUCGUCAGCCGGUACGGACAGCCGGUCACGCUGCGCUACAUGCACUUCAUCCGGCUGCAUCGCGCCUGCCACGCGGUGUACGAGUUCUACCGCGAGCAGCUGCAGAACUACUCGCAGAUAUCCUCGCGCCAACUGAACAGUGCCGCCCAAACGGUAGCUCGAAUGGCAAUCGAACGCUACUGGGACAAGGAGCUCGCGACGCAUGCGGUCGCGUUUAUCGAAAUGAUCGGUGUGAGCAGUGUGCCGACCCGUGCCUAUCUGCGCUGUCUAUCGCUCGUCGGUGAAGCGUCUCGGGAAGGAGAAGAUCACACACCGAUCCGUCUUUCGGUGGCGCAUUUGCUACGACGCUGCGAGGAAGCGAUCGGGGACAAAUCGAUCGACGAUCCCGAGCUACUGGUCGAUCUCGAAGCGAUGACAAUCGUAGCCAAAACGAACGCCUUACCCUACCCGGAAGUGUACCUGCGAGAGCGACUGCUGGCCAGAAACGAUUGGUUGCGCUUUCUGCUGCUCGUGGACUAUCUCAGCUACCCGGCGGAGCAAAUCGUUGAGCUGUGUCGGACCGGGUUUCAUGAAUCACGUAUCGGACGAAACCUGAUGACGGCGUUACUCCAUCAGCCGAGGCCGAUCGCCGACGGUCGGGAUGGGCAGACGAGCUCGAGCUCGUUUACCUCGUGCAAGCGGCGUUCGAGUUUAACACCUCGACGUAGAAGAAGGGCAAGCAGUACAACGGUCGAUUCGAGCGGUCAUUCAAGUAUCUCGAGCGAAACCGACGCCACCUCCAUCGGGCGCAGCACGUCCGGCAUCGGCCACACCAUCACAACCACUUCAUCGCCCCCUCUACAGCUACCGGCCACAGACAUAUCCACCAGCAGCUCAUGUUCCCUGUACGAUGGUGCCUGCUUCCUUUCCGAACGCUACGACACUGACCUCGUAUCCGUGCUAUUACUCUGCUCGAAUGAAGCCAACCCCUACGCAGCAGCAGCAGGAGCAUCCCCACCACCGUUCGAUUUCGAAACCUUCAAACGUCUCACCUUGCAGGCGACUUCCGAUCGACCAGCGCCACGCUAUCCGUACACCUACCAAAACUUGCUCGACCGGGCCAUACGCUCCCGGUGGCCUCUGCUGGCACUUCUCGCUGGUGACGUGUGUGCGGAAGGAAGCGAAAGUCGCCGCUACUGUUGGAUAGUGUGGGCAAUGUUGGCCGGUGAGUUUCCGUUCCAAGAUAAACUUUCACCCGAGCGUACGGAGCCACCGGGAUCCGAACCGGAGCGAUCGUUUGUGUGCGGUUUGGUGGAGCAUCUCGUACAGACCGGUCGGCUCUGUACGCUUGCUAGCUCGCUGGCCACUUUCUAUCCCGAUUCCGGGUGGUACUACCUGGCCGCGUACCUUAGCCUCACCGAGGACGUACUGUUCGAUGCGGAUCGUGCAGCAGAAUUGCUGACCGGGUUUCUCGUACGCUCUGCCACCGCCGGCGACGAGUGUUUCCUGCUGCACAUACCCAAGUACGAAAUGUUUGCCUUUUGCGCUCGGCUGCUCAUGGUACAUCUGGAUCGUCGGACAUCGAUGCAUCAUCAGUUCCUGCUGCUCCAGUCGUACGUGCGGUGCGAUUUCCGAUGCUUCUUGGUCCCGGGGAUAGAUUUCGAGCGGAUGCUACGCAUUUGUGGGAUCGUUCGUCAUUGUGGCGUCACGAUCGACUUCCUCGCGCUGCACGAGUGCUCCGGUGGUGGUGGCAAGGAGCAACAGCUAAGCUUGUAUGAGUCACUGUGUGAACAACUCGUCGCCAGGAAGCAUCACGAAGCGGCCAUUGCCGUCGCUGAGGAGGCAGGUCUGCCGCGGGAAAGUAUUAUCUUCGAGCAUUGGGUGAGUGGAUUCGAGUCGAGCGGUUCGGUAGGUUCGUUUGAGCGCUACCGGGCCGAGAGUGAACGGUACGGGCUUGAACCGGAGCUACGCAUCAGCUUCUUCACGCACAUUGCCAAUCGGCUUGAGUACGGUGACCGGCAGCGCUACGAUUUGCUUCGCUACGCGCUAGAACUGAUCCGUGAGCAUGGUCUCUAUCCGAGCGAAGCGUUCGAUCGGGAUCGAUUGGAGUACGAGCUGGCCCUGAGCUACAUACGCUGCACGGACGAACGGCAGGAGCUGCUCGAACUGUACUGCUCCCAGUAUUGGUGCAACACCCAGCAGCACCAUUCACCCUCGACGGCGGCCAUUUUGUAUCACACGUUUCUCGAGCUGAAGGAAGUCGCCGGCAUCGAUGAUCUUACCCUGUCGAACGUACCACUAGCGCAAACGGAGGAACGUUUGCGGCUCGAUGCGCUUAUCAAUCGACUGCUCGACUGCGGUGACAUUGUGCAGGCGUUGCGUUAUCAAGCGAUCUUUGAGCAACGUCCGCUGGAUCUUCACUUUAUCGUGUUCUGUAUGGCGCUAGCGGAGGGCCUGGUCAGUUUGUACAAUCUUUCGAAGGAGGAACGGAUGCUACUGAACGAGGACAGUGCGCGAUCUUCGGGCCGCUUCCAGCGCCGUACCCUACGCUUUAGCCGUGUUAGUCAAAGCAGCCAGAUUGGAGGAUCGCCCAUGAAGAGUGCGCAGUUGGAUACCUCGGAUACGAGCACCACGGCGACGUCCGACUUCGAGGAGGUACCAUCCCGUGAUCGUCAAGACAUAUUUGAAGCAAUAAGUGCCCUCGGAAAUCGCAUCACACACGGACAGGAGCUUGCUCAGCGCGUGGUCCUCACGUACCGCGUCGCGAUGUACCUCGAUCGAGAGUACAACGAGCUGCUCAAACUGCGCGAUCCGCUAGCCUUCCUGCCCGAGGUAGUUCGUGAAGAUUGCGUCCACAAGCUGGAGGUGAUCAGUGACAUCGUAACGGCGACUCGCAUGAGCAUCGAAAGCUUUACCGAUUUUCUCGCAUCGGAAAUCGUAUCGGCGGUGGUGCGUUCGAAGUUUUAUCUCUUCCAGCAGCAACUUCCACAGACGACACACGCGUCCGAUGAGCUGCUGUGGGGCUACAAUAUCGAUCGUGAGUUUCAUCUGUUUCUGGAGCUUGCGCCCAACACCACAGCGUUGGGAAAUGUGCUUUUGCGGUACUGUAACGCCUUUCGGCUUUAUCGCAAGCGCCGAGACACGACGGCAGACAGUGCGGGAGUGCGUGAUGCGCUCGAGUCAUUCGCCACUAUUCCUGCGAUACGGUUAAGCACCGCUGGGCCGGAUGUCGGGGAGCGAUUGGAUCAAAUUCUGCAAGGCCAGAUACUAUCGCUGAAGAAGCAAAACACAAUCAUCGUGGCGUUGUUGGUGAAGGCUCACGACUGCUUCGUGCACGAGUGUUCGAUGGAGGGCAUCAUGGAGGUGCUGGCCUGCUGUAAGGCUCUCACCGUGAUACUGACGGCAGCCAAAUCUUGGAAUCUGAUCGUGAAACUGCUGGUCGGCAUUGGACGCUACCGCGAUAUGUACUACUGCUUCGAAACACUGAUCAGUCACGAACAGUUCGAAUCACUGCUGGGUCAGUUUGAUGAUCGUGCCAGCAACGGACGUCGGCUGCAGUCUGCCAUCAUCACCUUCCUGAACGAGCACUGUCCCGAGCGGCGUGAUUACUUCCGUCUGGCAGCACUACACUUCCGGAUGUACCGAGAGAUAGCCGAACUUUGGGAGACGGAAGCGCACAACACGAUCGACGCGAUCGUCAAGACGUACGAGAUGAAGCAGCCUGUUGCAACGAAAUCGAACAGUCCCGCCCACUGUCAUCGGCUUCAGGUGACUGCACUCGUGCAGACCGAGCUAACCGGUGCUAUGGACGCGUUUACCCAUGCCACCGAAAACUAUCUGCUGGACAACAAUCUUACACUCGCGCAACGUGCCGCUGCCAACGCCGAGCUGGUGGCGUUACAGAUCUGCUACGUGCGGCAAGCACUGGUCGCGUCCGAAAAGGGACAGCAAGCCGACUCGAGUCCUUCCACCUCCAGCUCGGCAAGCAAACAAGUGUCCUCUACCUGCCUUUCGGUGUUAAACCUUCGGCCACCGACCGACGAUAACCGGCGUGGUGGAGCAGCCGCAAUGCAAGAAAUCUCCGGCACGAACGCUGCCACCGGCACACUGCUCUACUACAUCAACUUCCUGCUCGCCGUCCCACAGGCGCUGAUCGUGGGCCGAGCUUACGGGAUCGAAAUUAACUGGCCCGGUGCUAUCUAUCAGCACUACAUCAUACAGGGCGAGGCGACCUACCUGGUAGACUAUCUCGACCGGCUCCCGCUAACGGACGGGAUGAUCGAAACGCUCGUCAAGCUGUUCCAGCUGGAACCGAAUCUUACUCCCCGCAUGGAGCAAGCGAUCGGCACCUUUAUCGAUCGCAUCCAAUCGGUUACGCUCAAAUAUCGCCUUUCGUCGCUUCUUGGACUGAAGAAAACCAUUCACGGACUCAUCAACGGUGGUGCUGUGUACUACCUGAAGGACACCAACUACGGCAAGAAUGAUGUGGAGUCGAGUGGGGGAGGAGGUAGUGGAGGAAGUAGUGGUAACAGCACCGUCUCCAGUCUAGUGGGAGGAAGCGCUGGUGUGACGGGAGCAGCUGUGACAGCUGCUGCAAGCAUGACCGGAAGCUUGGUAGGAAGUGCGAGCAUCACUAGCAACACCGUGUCCCUGCACACCAUGUCCAGCUCGUGACGGGGACGGCGCAGAUGAUGGGACCUGUUUAAUGCAAUUGUGAUAGCCCCCCGGGGGCUUUUACGGAACAACGGAGUGUUUAGGAUAGGUAGAGCUUUAAGAAGAAUUGUAUUUAUUUUGCUUCCAUGGCAUUAUGGCAAUAAACGUGUUUUUCUCUCACACACUCUCCCUCUCUCUUGAGGAUUGUUACUA